GUCAGGGUGGGAGGAGCUGAAGUCGGGGGCGUGACAUUUUUCUGCAUAUAACACCCAGUCUGUUCCUUCAGUUGUCACUCGCUCAGUCCGAUUUUCUUUCACUUCCUGCUUGCCGUAAACUCCAGAAACACCAUGACACAGGUCCAGAAAGCAAUGGCUAUGCUGAUUGAGAGCUUUUACAAAUACUCAGGAAAGGAGGGAGACAAAACCACCCUGAGCAAAGGCGAGCUCAAAGAUCUGCUCAAUAACGAGAUGGGUGAAAUCUUUGGGAAAACCAGUGACCAGAAAGCUCUGGAAAAAAUAUUUAAGGAUCUGGAUGCAAAUGCUGAUGGCUCUGUGGACUUUCAGGAGUACAUCACCUUGAUUGCCUGCAUCACCAUGCUUUGCAAUGAUUUUUUCAAGAAAAGCAAAUAAUUACAUUUUCCUUACAGAAAGAGUUUAUCUGUAAAAGCUAUCUGAAACCAGGAAUGACAGCUUUUAAGGUUUUAAAUUAAAUCUGUAUUCUUACAAUA